AUGGAAAAAGAGGUGAAGAAAGAAAAUGCCCCUAAUGAAAACUAUGGUUCAGUUGGGCUUUUCUACCUUAUGUUAGAGAAAAGAAAAAAACGGCACAAUGGGUUAAAGUGGGUAGGGCAGAUUAAAAAUAGAGGUAGAGACAUGAUUUUGAAGACAGCCCUGCCACUUGUUUUGAACACAGCCAGAGAGGAAGGUUUGAAAACCAAUGCAUCAUUUUCUCAUUUACAAAAAGGAAGCUUGCCCCAUGUCAUGCACCACGUUAAUAAUCCCAUUCCUCACCCUAAUGAUGGGACCAGAUCCAGCCUCAUCAAUCAUGCAUAA